AUGGAAAUAUGUCCUCAACAUUCCUUCUCAACUGUAGAAGCUGGCCAUGACGGAAAUACAUCAUCUGCUGACCCAAACAAUCGGGAAGCAAAAGAACCCGGUUGCGCAAAUUCACUGUUACAAUGUCCUGAUGGUUGGUCACAGAGCAACGAUCAAUGUUAUAGGUUUUUUAAUAUUAGGCGGUCAUGGAGGAGAGCUGCUGAAAUUUGCAGGAGGUAUGGAAGUGAAUUAUCUCUUGUUGAAAAUUUUUGGCAGAAUAAUUAUACCCAAGCUCUUGCUUCUUCCAACUUGAAAGAUGUUGGCCACAAAGCCUACUGGCUAGGCUUAUCAACUGUGGAUGAUCUUUCAACAAAUACAUUAGAAUCUGCUAGUGGAUCAUUUAUAUCAUUGUAUAUGGGGUUUUGGGAUACUGAUCAACCAAGACCUCAAGAUGGCAGCUGUGUUGAAGCAAUCGUUGAACAUUCUGUCCAAUAUUGGAAGUUAACAACAUGUGAAACACUGUUACCUUUUAUGUGCCAAAUGGAUGCUUGUCCUAGUGGAUCAUUUUUCUGCAGCAAUGGUAAAUGUGUUAAUAACAAGUGGAAAUGUGAUGGCCAGGAUGAUUGUGGAGAUAGAUCAGAUGAAAUGGAUUGCCCAAACUUGUGUAGGUAUCAUUUCAGAAGCUCAGGUGAUUCCAUACAAUCUCCUAAUUAUCCAAACAAAUAUGAACCUAGCUCUGAUUGCAAAUGGACUUUAGAAGGAGCUGUUGGCACUGGAAUAGUUCUCCAGUUUUCUGAUUUUGAAACAGAAGUAAACUUUGAUACUGUUCAAAUAUUGGCUGGUGGUCGAACUGAAGAGUCGGGUGUCAAUUUAGUGACUUUAUCUGGUCCACAAGAUCUUGCAAUGAAAACAUUUACGACAGCAUCCAAUUUAAUGAUAGUAAAAUUUCGCUCUGAUGCAUCUGUAGAAAAAAAAGGAUUCCGAGCAAGUUGGAAAACUGAACCCAUUAAAUGUGGUGGUGAACUUUUGGCGAAACCCACAGCACAGCUGUUUAACUCUCCACUAUAUCCUCAAUCUUAUCCGGGAGGCUUAGAGUGUUUGUAUAUAAUAACAGCUCCAUCAAGUAAAAUAAUAACUCUUGAGGUUUUGGAUUUCGAUUUUGAACCAGAAAAGGAUUUCUUAUUUAUUCGAGAUGGCUCUUCACCAUCGGAUCCACUCCUUGCAAAACUUACAGGAAAUGCAGAAAAUAGCCCAAAGUUUAUUCUAAGUACAAGAAACAAACUUUACGUAUACUUGCAAACAAGCUAUGGUGACAGUCGAAAAGGUUUCUCAAUUCGUUUCAGAGCAGGCUGUCAUGUAGAACUGACUUCAAACUCCGGCAAUAUUUCUUCUCCUGCUUAUGGUAUUGUGGAUUAUCCAUCAAAUCAAGAAUGUAGUUACCAGAUAGCUAGGCCUGGAGGAGGACCCUUGUCACUCAGAUUUAACAGAUUUGAUGUUGCAGAUGAUGAUCUAAUACAAGUUUUUGAUGGAUCAAGCUCAUCUGGUGUUAAAUUACAUCCAAAUGAUGGCUUUAGUGGCAUGUCAAGGCCCUCUAUCACUCUUACAGCUAGCAGUGGGAACUUUUUUGUGAAUUUUGUUACCAAUCCUAUGCAUACAGCAUCUGGUUGGAUGGCUAGCUUUAGUGCAGAUUGUCCUCAGUUAUCUGUUGGUGAGAGAGCUAUAGCUUCAAGUCGUGAAACAACUUUUGGUGCAAGAGUCAUGUACAUUUGUCCAAUUGGUCAAGAAUUUAGUUCAGGUGGUGAUAGAAUACUUGCGGAAUGCAUGCAAGGUGGUCAAUGGAAUGUGAGUCACAUUCCAAGCUGUCAAGAAAAGUAUUGUGGGCCUGUUCCUCAGAUUGACAAUGGAUUUGCUGUCGCAUCUACUAAUGUGACUUAUCGAGGACAAGCAACCUAUCAAUGCUAUGCAGGUUUUGGUUUUCUUGGCGGAAGACCCACAGAAACAAUACGUUGUCUGGAAAAUGGAAAGUGGGAAAAAUUACCAAUUUGUUUUGCUUCUUCUUGCCCACCUUUGCCAGAAACUCCUCAUGCCAUAAGAACAAUUUUAAAUGGUGAAGGAAUUAGGUAUGGGACAGUGAUCAGAUUUGAAUGUGAACCUGGUUAUCAUAGAAUAGGUGUGCCUGUUCUUGUGUGCACAACUGAAGGACAAUGGUCUUAUGAACCACCAGUUUGUCGGCGUCUAAGAUGUCCAAUCUUGCCUGAGAUUGAAAAUGGAUUUGUUGUUGAUAAAGAGAAGGAAUAUUACUUUGGCGAUGAGGGCCGAAUUCAGUGCUUUAGAGGAUAUAAAUUGACAGGAAAUCCAGUCAUAAAAUGUGGAGCAGAUCAAAAAUUUAUCAACAUGUCAAUUUGCCAGGAUGUUGAUGAGUGCACAUCUUCAUCUUGUGAUGCGGCAUCCACAAAAUGCUCAAAUACUGAUGGAGGAUUUUACUGCAAAUGCCGAUCUGGAUUUGAACCAAAUAUGGAAUGCCGUCCUGUAGGUGAUUUAGGUGUUGCUAAUGGCAAUGUACCUGAUAGCCGUAUUAAAGCAUCAGGAACUGAAAUUGGCUACAGUAAAAAUGGAGUUCGUUUGGACCAUGCUCUAGGAUGGUGUGGAAAUAUUCAAAGGCCUGGAGAAAAUUGGAUACAAUUUGAUCUUCGAGCACCUGUGGUUCUCAGAGGCUUUCGGACUCAAUCUGUACCUCGGCCUGAUGGAUCUCAAGCCAUUCCUUUAACAGUUCGAAUUCAGUACAGUGACGAUUUAACAGACUUGUUUCGUACUUAUGGUGAUCCAUUUGGACAGCCCAUUGAUUUUAGAUUAACUCAUAAUGGUGGUUCUGGUCUUUCUAUUGUGAGUCUACCAAUGCCUAUAGAAGCUAGGUACAUUCGUGUAUUAGUAAUGGAUUACGUUGAAGCUCCUUGUAUUAGAGUUGAACUUAUGGGAUGCACAAGGCAAGAUUGCCAUGAUAUAAAUGAGUGUCUGGAUAAAAACGGUGGAUGUGAUCAGAGAUGUAUAAAUAAUCCUGGAAGUUAUAACUGCCUGUGCAAUGUAGGCUAUGAAAUUUAUACACAAAAUGGAACUAGUGGAUAUUUUAUUCCUGAUAGUGAGACUGGUUCAAAGCCUGGAGAUGUCUACUCAUUAAAUAAAACUUGUGUUCCUAAAAUGUGUCCCUCACUUGGAAAUGUGGAAAAUGGAAAAAUGUUAGCUACAAAGUCAAACUUCCACUUUGGUGACCUAGUCAGUUUUCAGUGUGAUUUUGGAUAUGUGAUGUCAGGUAGUUCUGUCUUAUUAUGCAACAGUAACGGAGAAUGGAAUGGAACUAUUCCUUCUUGCAGAUAUGCUCAUUGUUCCCCAAUCAAUCCUGAUCCAAAUCAAGGUCUUGAAAUUCACAUGAAUGACGAUCUCCCAGCUGUGCCAUAUUUAAGUAACAUAACAAUCAGUUGUGAGGAGACUGGAAGACCUUUGCAAGCAACUGCAACUUCAAACUUUCGACAAUGUGUUUACAAUCCUCAGCCUGGCAAACUUAAUUACUGGUUGUCUGGGGAAGCUCCUCAAUGUCCAAGGAUUGAUUGUGGAACUCCACCGGAAAGCACUGGUGCUUUGUAUGGACAAUAUGUUGACACACGUUACCAAUCCAGCUUCUUUUUCGGCUGUGAAGAAACUUUUAGUGUUGCUGGAAAGUCUACCUUCAAUGAUAACAUUGUUCGUUGCACAGAAGAUGGAACUUGGGAUUUUGGUGAUUUAAGAUGUGAAGGCCCUGUUUGUGAAGACCCUGGAAGACCACCCGAUGGAAUGCAAAUGGCGUCUAGUUUUGAGCAUGGCUCUGAAAUCAUGUUCAGUUGUGGAAGACCAGGAUACAUUCCUUAUACUACGGAUCCAAUAUCUUGUGUUAAAAAUGCUGAAUGUAAAGUUAUUAAACCAAUUGGUAUCACUUCUGGCUUCAUACCUGAUUCAUCUAUUAAUGCAACUUCACAGCGUGUAAAUUAUGAAGCAAAGAACAUUAGAAUGAACAGUGCAACUGGCUGGUGUGCAAAAGAAGAAACCUUCACAUACAUCACUGUAGAUCUGAGACGGGUGUAUCGUAUCAAAUCGCUUUAUGUAAAAGGAGUCGUAACAAAUGAUGUCAGUGGAAGACCUACAGAAUUGAGAUUCUUCUACAGAGUUGGAACUACAGAAAACUUUGUUGUUUAUUUCCCUAACUUCAAUCUAACUGCACAAGAGCCUGGCAACUACGGACAAAUCACUCGCAUUGACUUGCCUGUGAGUGUUCGUGCAAGACAAGUAAUAUUGGCUAUUGUAUCUUACAAUAAAAACCCAUGCAUGAAAUUUGAGCUUAUGGGCUGUGAAGAUACAAGUGAAGAUGUAAUAUUGGGUUACAACAGUGGAUAUCCCAUUUGUGUUGAUCAAGAACCACCACAUUUCAUCAACUGCCCUGAGAAACCAAUCCUUGGGGCAAAAUCUAGUAAUGGUUUGCAAUUGGUCAAUUUCACAGAACCAACUGCUAUUGACAAUUCCGGGCGUUUAGCUCGGUUUGAAAUAAAGCCAGCUGGAUUUAAACCACCUGUCAUGGUUUUUGAGGAUAUGAUUGUACAGUAUUUUGCAUAUGAUUUCGAUGGAAAUGUUGCUGUAUGUGUUUUGAAUAUAACAGUUCCAGAUGAUACUCCUCCAGCUUUAACUUGUCCCCAAUCAUAUGUCAUCGAGUUAGUUGAAAAGCAGGACAGCUAUCGUGUAAAUUUUGAAGAAGUCAGACUAAUGGUGAAUGUUUCUGAUAAGUCAGGUGAUGUCAACAUUCAAAUAGCUCCACAAAGUGCCUUCAUCACUCUAGGUGGCUAUCGUAAUGUAACUGUUUUAGCCACAGACAAGUUUGGAAACCAAGCUACGUGUCAUUUUCAAGUAUCUGUUCAAGCUGCUCCUUGUGUGCCAUGGUCACUUGAACCUCCGGCUAAUGGAGAGGUAAAUUGUGUACCGGAUGAUUCAACAAGUGGUUAUCGCUGUGUAGCAACUUGUAAAUCAGGUUUUAAAUUUACUGAUGGAGCUCAAUUGAAAGAAUAUGAAUGUUCUUCUGGCCAAGCCUGGGUUCCUGGAAGCAUUAUUCCUGACUGUGUUGCUGAAGACACGGAUGAAGCAUCUUAUGAUGUUGUUGCUCAGAUUGAAUAUAGAGCAGGAGGUGCUGUUUCAGUUCCCUGUUUGGAUCAAUAUGUAUCAUAUGUGAAAGCAUUCUACACUUCUUUGAAUGAGGUUCUGUCUGGACGAUGUUCUGCUAUCAACGUGAAAAUGGAUAUAUUUUUCCAUAACACUACUGUAUGGAUGAUAGCUGAAAAUACGAUAAUAAUGGCUUAUACUCUAAGAAUAAAACCUGCAGUCAGUCAAACACUUCUUUAUGAUCUUUGUGGAUCAACUCUUGGUCUCAUAUUUGAUCUCAGUGUGCCAAGUACUUCUGUGAUAAUUGAGCCUAUAUUGAAUAUCACUUCACAAGCUGUAGGUGGCCAGUGUCCUGGUGUAUUGGCUAUUCGUUCAAAUGUGGAUAGAGGUUUUACAUGUGGAAUUGGUGAAGUUUUGAAUGCUGAUAAAGAGGGACAAAUUCCUAAUUGUUUGCAUUGUCCUGCUGGUACUUAUGCUUCAACAGAAGGUGGGUGUAUAUUCUGUCCACGUGGAACAUAUCAAGAUUUGACUCAACAAGCAGAAUGCAAGCAGUGUCCUCUUGGAACUUUUACCAGGCAAGACGGCAGUAAAAGUGUUUCAGAUUGUGUUUCUGUGUGUGGUUAUGGCACAUAUUCUCCAACUGGACUGGUACCUUGCUUGCAGUGCCCAAGUAAUAGUUACACUGGUGAUCCUCCUGUUGAUGGAUUUAAAGAGUGCUUCAAAUGCCCAACAGGAUCUUAUACUUAUUCUCCAGGGUCUAAAGAAUCGAACGAUUGCCGAGCACGUUGUGCUCCUGGAAUGUAUUCUGAAACUGGUCUGGAACCUUGUGCUAUUUGUCCUGUAAACUUCUAUCAGCCAAAUGAAGGACAAACAUCCUGUUUAGAAUGUGCUUCUUCUCAAACAACAUCUCGAACAGGAUCAACUAGUCAAACUGAUUGUGUUCCAUUGCAAUGCAAUAGUCAGUCUUGUCAGCAUGGAGGAUUAUGCCUCAUUCAAAGGCAUCACCUAUCAUGCUACUGUCCUGCUGGAUUUAGUGGUCAGUUUUGUGAAAAUGAUGUUGAUGAAUGCUUAAGUCAACCUUGUUAUAAUGGUGGUACAUGUAAAGAUCUUCCUCAAGGAUAUACUUGUAGCUGUCCUAGAGGAUAUUCUGGAUUGCAAUGUCAAAAUGAAGUUUCUGAUUGCACCAAUGUUACAUGUCCAGAAAGGGCAAUGUGCCAAAACUUGCCAGGCAUUGGGAAUUAUAACUGCCUCUGCAGAUCUGGUUAUGAAGGGGUGGAAUGUGAUACUACUGUCAAUCCUUGUACUGUUGGAGGUAGUCCUUGUAGUAAUGGUGCCAAAUGUACUCCACUGUUGCAAGGGAGAUACAAAUGUGAAUGCUUACCUGGAUGGUCCGGCAGAACGUGUGAGAUCAAUGUUGAUGAUUGUGCCGACGAGCCAUGCUUAUUGGGAGCUAAUUGUACAGAUCUUGUAAAUGACUACAAAUGUGACUGCCCUCCUGGUUUCACUGGAAAAAGAUGCGAAAGAAAAAUAGAUCUAUGCACUACUAGUCCAUGUGUAAAUGGCAUUUGUGUGGAUCGGUUGUUUUUCCAUGAAUGUGUGUGCAACCCAGGAUGGACAGGAUCAAACUGUGAAGUUAAUAUUGAUGAUUGUGUAGAUAAUCCUUGCCAAAAUGGUGGUCAAUGUGUCGAUCUUAUUGAUGAUUACAAAUGUGUUUGUGAUGCUGGUUAUACAGGCUCCAAAUGCCAACAUGAAGUCGAUUCUUGUGAAUCUGAGCCUUGUCAGAAUGGUGGAACAUGCAUGGAUCACUUAGAUGGAUUUUCAUGUGUAUGCAGACCUGGAUUUGUUGGUCUGCAAUGUGAAGCAGAAGUUGAUGAAUGUGUCAGUGGGCCGUGUGACGCUGCUGGAACUGAUAAAUGCAUUGAUGUAGAUAAUGGAUUUAGGUGUCAAUGUCAUCCAGGAUAUACAGGAGAGCUAUGCGAGGUAAAUAUUGAUGAAUGUGCUACAGAACCAUGCUUAAAUGGUGGUUCAUGCACAGACAGUAUUAAUACCUUCAUAUGCCAGUGUCCUGUUGGAUGGACUGGAGAAAGGUGUGAAACAGACAGCGGAAGUUGCGAAAGAGAUCCUUGUUUGAACAAUGGAAAUUGCAUUGAUCUCUUUCAGGAUUAUUUCUGUGUAUGCCCAUCGGGAACUGAUGGUAAAAAGUGCCAAACCUCACCUCAACGGUGCAUUGGUAAUCCUUGCAUGCAUGAAGGCAUCUGCUUAGAUUAUGGCAGUGGAUUGAAUUGCUCUUGUCCUGCUGAAUAUACAGGAAUUGGUUGUGAAUAUGAAUACAAUCCUUGUGACGAUAAUGUGUGUGAAAAUGGUGCUACUUGUACCAAUGUGGAAAACACAUUUGUUUGCACUUGUCCAUCUGGUUUCACUGGAAAAUACUGUGAAGAUGACAUUCCUGAUUGUACUCCUACUUCCUGUCCUACUAUUGCAACCUGUAUUGAUCUCACAAAUGAUUUUUACUGCAAAUGUCCUUUUAAUCUGACAGGGGAGGAUUGCCGAAAAACUGUAAAUAUUGAUUAUGAUUUGUUCAUCAAUGAUGAAAGCCAUUCUUCAAGUGUAUCAUUGGCAGCUCCUUUUGUUUUGAAUACCAAUAGCAUGUCCAUAGCACUGUGGGUUCAAUACAACAGUCCUAAUUCCAAAGGAGUAUUUUUUACUCUUUACAGUGUUGAAUCUGCUCAUUUACCUAUUGGAAAGAAAAUUAUGGUGCAAGCAGAUGAUACUGGAGUUUUAAUAUCACUUUUCCCCAACAUUACUAGUGAUAUAUUUUUGCGUUAUUUGGAAAAUGUCCCGAUUAAUGAUGGGCAAUGGCAUCAUUUGGUUAUUAUGUGGGAUGGAUCCGAAGGAACAAUUAUGGUUAUGAUGGAUACAGCACUAGCAGGAUUUGUUGAUGGAUAUGUGUCGAAUGUGUCUUUGCCAAAAUAUGGAUGGGUAAACCUAGGAGCUCCUCUAAAUGAAGAAAAUAAAGCAGUUGCUGGUGCUGGUUUUUAUGGUCGUGUGAGUCGUGUAAACAUAUGGGAUCGGACUCUAGAUGUGACUACUGAACUCCCUAUUCAAUUCCGUGACUGCCGAAAUGCACCAGUUUUAUUCAAUGGGUUACUUCUACGUUGGACUGCAUAUGACAGAGUUGUUGGUACAGUAGAAAGACAAAGUCCUGGAAUUUGUGGUGAGCGUGUCUGUCCAGUUGGUUACACAGGAGAUAACUGCCACAUUUUGCAUCAGGAUAAAACUCCACCUCAAUUGCUUCACUGUCCUCCAGAUAAAUGGGUCAUUAGCAGCAAGAAGUCCACCUCAAUAUCAUGGGAGGAACCACGUUUUACUGACGAUUUAAGAACUGUCAAAAUCAUGGAAAUGAACAACCUUGAACCUGGUCAGUCACUUUCUAGAGGUGUACAUGAUCUAAUAUAUGUUGCUAAAGAUGAUGCUGGAAAUACACAGAAAUGCAAUUUCAGAAUCAACAUUAUGAGUGAGUUUUGUACUAUACCUAUGCCUCCUAUUGGGGGACAAUUGGGAUGCGCAGAUUGGGGACCUGGUGGAAACUUUAAAGUUUGCACGAUAACAUGUGAUAAAGGAUUAGAAUUUUCAGAGAAGAUUCCUCGAUUUUACUCUUGUGGCGUAGAAGGAUUUUGGAGGCCCACUGAAGAUCCUAAUAAGCCUUUUAUUUUCCCAGCUUGUGCUAAGAAGAAGCCAGCUCGCAGAAUAUUCCGUAUUGCAAUGGAUUUCCAGUCAUCUGUCAUAUGCUCAGAUUCUGGCAGAAAGAUUCUACAUGAUCGAAUUAAAGACAGUUUGAGGAAGGUUAACAAUGAUUGGAAUAUGUGUUUAGAUGAUGGGCCUGAUGCUAAUUGCAGAGAGAUGAAAGUUGUAGUCAAAUGCAACAAGCAGCCAAGAGGAAAAAGACAAGUUGAAAUCAGUGACAUUUAUACUGUGGAAGUUGAAUUUCCUGCUAAAGAUGAUCCUGUGAUCAAUAAAAAUUCACAAGAAAGAUCCACUGUGCAAGAAGUUACAGAAAAUGCUGUACUUCAAAAAUCUGCCUUUGAUGUGCGCAAUAUAUUGCCCAAUAUUGCCCCAGACCUUACUUCUCUAAAAAUGCUUACUGACUAUGCUUGUCCUGUUGGGGAAGUUGUAAUUGGCUCUAGCUGUGUUGAAUGUGCUAUUGGCACAUAUUAUGAAAAUGCAACCACUCAGUGCAAGCCAUGCCCAAUAGGAUUUUAUCAAAAUGAAAUGGGAUCUUUGGUUUGUAAGCCAUGUCCUUUGAUUUCUGGAAGGCAAGGAACAACCCAAUCAAUUGGGGCAAGAUCUGCCGAGCAAUGCAAAGAAUAUUGUACUGCUGGUAGUUAUUAUGAUGAUCAAGCUGGGGAAUGCUUACCUUGUGGCUAUGGAUUUUAUCAACCAGAUGAAGGCACAUUCAAUUGCAUUGCAUGUGGCGCUGGGCUUACUACUCGUCGAAACCAAGCAGUCUCGAAGUUGGAAUGUAGAGAGGAAUGUCUGUCUGGAUAUGAACUGGAUGAAAAUGGAGAUUGUGUACCAUGUCAGAGAGGUUCAUUCAGAUCACGUGGAAUGCCUGCUUGCCAGCCUUGUGCAUCAGGCAAAACAACUCCUGAUGUUGCUGCAACAAGUGAACAAGAAUGUUUGUUAGAUAUUUGUCGGCCAGGAAUGUAUGUCAAUUCUACAACACAAAUGUGCGAAUUUUGUCCCAAAGGAACUUUCCAGGACAAAGAAGACAGAAUGGCUGAAUGUAUUAAGUGUCCACAGGAUACUACUACUGAAGGCCUUGGCGCAACAUCACUAGAGGAUUGUUCUAACCCAUGCUUUGUGAAUGGAAGAGAGAGGAUUUGCCAAUCUAAUGCAGCUUGUGUGUAUCAUGAAGAUAUUGAUAAAUAUGAAUGUGAAUGCAAGUCUGCUUAUGCAAAGACAAACAAUGUUACUGAAGAAUGUAUUCAUGUCUGUGAAAACUUCUGUGAAAAUGGAGGUACAUGUGAAGUCAGUCCACAUACCUAUAAACCACGGUGCAUGUGUCCUGGAAACUUUUACGGAGAUAACUGCACUGAAAAAUCAGAAUUUGUCUAUGUUGCAAGCGGUAUUGCUGGAGCUGUGAUUGUCAUAAUUCUGUUGGUACUUUUAGUUUGGAUGAUAUGCGUAAGGUCCACUCGCAAAACAAAAAUGCAGAAAAUGCCUGAGCCUCAUAUGGACCUCACUGGGUCUCAAACUAAUUUCUUCUAUGGAGCACCUGCACCAUAUGCUGAAAGUAUAGCACCCUCUCAUCACAGUACAUAUGCUCAUUACUUUGAAGACGAAGAAGAUGAAGGAUGGGAAAUGCCAAAUUUUUACAAUGAAACAUACAUGCAAGAUGGAUUUCAUGGAAAGACUAAUACAUUAGGUCAUAGCAAUGCAAGUAUUUAUGGCACAAAAGAAGAUCUUUAUGAUAGGUUAAGGAGGCAUCAAUAUCAAGGAAAGAAAGGUGAUUCAGCAAGUGAAAGUGAGGAACAACCGCACUGAUAAAAAAUAUGGACUAUCUCAGAGGAAGUAUCAAUUCAAGAAAUUCAAAUUUCAUAGUGGCUAUUUAUUUUUAACAUGAUGAGAUGACGUUGUGGUAAUUCAAGACAAGUAUUGCAAUAAUGUGUUAAUGUUAUAAAACUAACUGAAGUUCAAUUUUGCUUUUGUGAAAUUAAUGUAUGAAUAACUUCUAAUUUUUCUCAAAGACAUUGCUGCGACAAUAUCUUCUUGCAAGUGUUUGUAUAAAAUCAUCUGUUAAUCAUUAUUUCGACUUUUUCUGAUGGUUUUCUAUUAAAGAGAUAUGUAUUUCAGGGGUUAUAUUUUUACUUUCAUUGUUAUUUGAAAAUAAAUGAACACACUCAUUGUGAAAAGUUAUGUUGUUUGAGUGUUAACAGUGAACGAAUUGUGCUAACAAAACUUCACUAGUCGUUGCAAACACCAUGUUUUGUAUAAUUUAUGUUAAGUUUUUUUUUUUUUCUUCUGCUAUUUUGACUUUAACUUCUAUCUUAAAUAUAUGUUCCUACUUUCAUAAAAAUCGAUAAAUAUUUUUUUAAGAUCAUGUUUCUUCAUGAUUUUUAUAUGCAUGCUAUUUUAUAAAAUUGUCUAUUGAUUUUCUUUGGACUAUUUUCUUGUAUGCUUUGAACUACUGUAAGGAUUGCAUGUAAAGAAAAAAACAUUUGAUUCUUAUUUUUCAAAAAUUAAAAUUAAAACAACAAGCAUGCAUUGGCAUAAGUGGACACAACUGCUGACAAACCAGUAACAGAAAGAAUGAAUCAAAUAUUUCAGCUUUUAUAUUGUACUUACUUUUCCUGUUUCUACUGACACAUAAAAAUAAAAUUAGAAUAAAAAGAUUUAAAUAAAAUGAAGCCAUCUAAAAAGGAAUGUUUUGCCCCAAGAAAAAUUCUGCUUCUUCUUUAUGUUUAAUUCUUCUUAUAAAAUGAGGAAUUUUCUCCUGUGGUUGAGUUGCAUGUAAAUUGUAUGCAAAGUAGGUUGGUUAUGUUUUAUCUUAAAAAAAUAUUUUACAUUGGAUUCAAUUGUUGAAUUAAAACAGGAAAUACAACAACCAAUUCUGAAAUAUUUUUGAAUAAUGAGUUUGGAAAAAUGUUUUUGAAGAGGUUUGGUUUUAAUGGGAUCACAAUGUUUUGUGACAUUUUUUGUUGCUUAUUGGAAAAUUUAGACGAUUUGAUUUUUUCUUAUGCCUCUGUGGAAAGAAAUGCAAGUUGUAGUUUCUUUCCUCAAUCCUUAAUUUGGAUAGCUUAGCAUGAAAGUUCUCAUCUUCAACUGGAGUCACAGUCAAUAUCGCUUGGUUAAAUUAGUUUUUUUUUUUUUUUUUUUUGCUGAUAGAUGCUAAACAAUGACAUUGGAUUAUAAUAAACUUUCAAAUAAUUGUUAAAAAAAAUAAUAACAUUAUUAUUUUCAUAACUCUCAGUUUUUCAACCAGCUUAAAUUAUUUUCGUGCAUUUUCUUCUCUCUCUCUCUCUCUCUCUCUUUGGUGAGGGUAUUCAACAUGUAUGGAAAGGGUUGAAAACGUAAUUUUAUCUAAGGUAGGUUUAUUUAGUUGUGUUGCUUCAUGUGGGGCUUAUGCUGCUGCAAAGUUCAUUUUGGUGUGUAAAAAAAUAAUUUUUUGUCAGAAAAUCUCCAAAUUCUUGAAAAUUAAGGUAACUUUCUUAGCUUACCUUUAAGAGCCUUCAUUAUGAAAAUUUAAAUUUUUCUUUCCUUUUUUAAAACCACUUAAUUAACAAGUUCAUCUGAGGUUGAAUCAUAUCCUAAUUAAACAGAAGUUGAUUCACGAUCAUUAAAAUUUUAAUAUGGUUUUAUGGUUUUUUUAAUGUUUUUUUUUUAAAUUUCAAUUGCUUCUUCAUUUUGCUGGUGCAAAUCUCAGCAAGCAUACUUCACACACAAUGUACACAUUUUUGGAAAAAGUUAAAAAAUGUUGGUUUUUAGAAAUUUAAGUAAAAGGUUACCAGGGAUAUUCUGUUUGGCUUUAUUGUUUUAACAGCUUUGUUCCCUGUACUGGCAAAAUGGAAAAGUAACCUUUUUGCUGCGCUUUUAAGUUAUUUUAUAUGUUUUUUAUCAGAAAUAAUGGGUAAACUGUAAGUUUCUUUCCUAAUAGAUAAAGAUAAUUAUAAAAUUAAACAAGAAGCUAAUUUCUUUUCAUUCAUGUGGGUUGUUUUUGUAUUGAAUUAUUCAUCAAUUGAAUGGACAUAGGAGCCCCAAUACAUUUCUCACUUUCAUAACUCUUAUCAAUCCAUUUCUAUCCAUGGAAAUAUUAGCAUUCAUUUUUUAAAGAAUGAAUCUACUAAUCAUUGCUUGAAAGCUAAUAUUUUCAUGGUUUUAUUUUUUUAACCAUCUCAUUUUUUUUAACAUUCAUACAUGAAUAUAUAUAUUGUACAUAAAAUUGUUUUACAAAGCUCAGUUUCACCUCUAUUUAUAUUGUGAAGUUGUACACUAUAAAUCAAAUUUUUUAAAUAUACUUUGUGUUUGUCGUUUUAUUUAAUUGUUUAUAGAAUUUCUGUUUACCUUCUGGCAUUAAAUAUUUUUUUCAAGUGCAUAUUCAUCUUCAAUAUUAUGUUCCAAAUUAAUAUAUUGUUAAAAUUGAUAAUGUGGGCCAUUCCACGGCAAACGUUCAUUUUGUCCCGCACAUGACACCUCAUAUAUUUCAUUAAUAAUAAUACUUUAAAAUAUUAAUGAACACAUUUUUUUCUGCUUAAGAAAUUACAAAUUUGUGUGUGAUUUCUUAAUUUUUUUUUAUAUAUGAACUGUCAUGUGCGGGACAAAGGAUUGACUUUUUCGUGGAGUGGCCUAUGUAUGUCAUUGUUUGAUAUUUGUUUAUCCUCUGCUAGAGUUACAUACUUAUUCCAUUAUACACACAUGCUUUUUUUGUUCUUAAUUAUACUAUUUCAAAAAAAUCUAAACUUGAAUUCUUUUCUUCCUGAAACUAAUGAACAAACUUCAAAUUAUCAUCUUGUGUCAAGUUUAAUUUUACAAAUUGUACUGUAAAUAGUUAUUCGUGAAUUUGUUUGCGAAAAUAAAGCUUUAAAAUCGUGUUUAUGAUUUUAA